AGACCAAAAAAGUGUACACAGAGACAGGAUUUAGGUAAACAAGUCUCGAUUUAGUGAUGAAAGCGAUGUCCACACUGCCUUGAAGAUCUCGAAUCAGGGUCGUCAAAAUAUUUGUCCUUUUUAUGUAUGUGGACGAGGAAUAUUCCGUAUACACUUAAGUAGAGCCGUGCUUAUGGUGUUAGCAAAAAGGCAUUUGCCUACAGCCACCAAAUUUUUUUUUUUUGACAUUUAGGCCACAUUUUGCCUUAAGCCACCAGGUGCCUGAGCACGGACGCACCGAUAAGUGAUUACACAGACAGAGAAAGAAAGAGAAAAAAGAAAAAAGGAGAGAGAAUGAGCUUGGUUUUCGCAAUUAAUGGGCAAAGGUUCGACCUUGAGCUCUCCUCCGUUGACCCUUCAACAACUUUGUUGGAGUUCCUUCGUUACCAGACUCCUUUCAAGAGUGUUAAGCUCAGCUGCGGCGAAGGAGGAUGUGGUGCUUGUGUUGUUCUUCUUUCCAAGUACGAUCCUGUUCUACAACAAGUAGAAGAUUUCACUGUCAGCUCUUGUCUCACCCUUCUCUGCAGUAUAAACCACUGCAGCAUUACGACUUCAGAAGGACUUGGGAACAGCAGAGACGGUUUCCACCCGGUUCACAAGCGAUUAUCCGGUUUCCACGCCUCUCAGUGUGGUUUCUGCACACCAGGGAUGUCUGUUUCUCUCUUCUCUGCACUCUUAGACGCUGACAAGUCUCAUUCUUCCGAGCUUACCGUUGUCGAAGCAGAGAAGGCUAUCUCGGGAAACUUAUGUCGGUGCACUGGCUACCGUCCGAUUGUUGAUGCUUGCAAGAGCUUUGCUUCGGAUAUUGACAUUGAGGAUCUUGGACUCAACUCUUUCUGUAGGAAAGGGGAUAAGGAUUCUAUUAAGAGCUUACCUCGAUUUGAUAGUGAGAAGCGUGUCUAUACAUUUCCGGAGUUUCUCAAGGAUGAGAUUAAGUCUACGAAUUCAGGGAUGUACCGAUGGUGCAGUCCAGCGAGUGUUGAGGAACUCCAUAGCUUAUUGGUAGGUUACAAUGCUAAUGGUAUUGGAGUUUCGAUGAAACUGGUUGCUGGUAACACAAGUAUGGGAUACUAUAAGGAUGAAAGAGAGCAGAGUUAUGAAAAAUACGUAGAUAUAACUCGAAUCCCGCAGCUGAAAGAGAUAAGCGAGAAACCGAAUGGGGUUGAGAUAGGAUCAGUGGUAUCAAUCUCUAAAGUUAUUGCUGCUUUGAAGGAGAUUAGGGUCUCACCGGAAGUGGAGAAGAUAUUUGGAAAACUUGCUACUCAUAUGGAAAAGAUCGCCGCGAGAUUUAUCAGGAACUUAGGUAGCAUUGGGGGAAACCUUGUAAUGGCUCAGAGGAAACAGUUUCCUUCCGACAUGGCCACCAUACUUCUUGCAGCUGGUGCAUUUGUUAACAUAAUGAGCUUGCCAAGAGGACUUGAAAAGCUAACACUGGAAGAGUUUCUCCAAGGAUCUCCUCUUGAGGCUCAUGAUCUGGUUGUGAGUAUUGAAAUUCCAUUUUGGCAUUCUGAAACAAACUCUGAAUUGCUCUUUGAAACCUAUCGAGCUGCACCGCGUCCAAAUGGAAACGCUCUGGCUUACCUGAAUGCUGCUUUCUUAGCUCAAGUGAAGGAUACAACGGUAGUUAACUGUAGAUUGGCUUUCGGGGCUUACGGGACCAAACACGCCAUUAGGUGCAAGGAAAUUGAAGAGUUUCUGUCUGGUAAAGUAAUCACUGACAAAGUUCUGUAUGAGGCUAUUACCUUACUUGGGAAUGUCGUGGUACCUGAAGGCGGUACAAGCAAUCCUGCUUACAGUUCAAGCUUGGCGCCAGGCUUCCUUUUCGAGUUCCUUUACACCUUAACAACUCACCAUACUACAGAUAAACCUUCAAAUGGUUAUAACUUGGAUCCACCAAAACCAUUACCAAUGUUGUCUUCUUCACAACAUGUUCCUAUAACCAAUGAAUAUAAUCCGGUUGGUCAACCUGUUACUAAAGCUGGAGCUUCCCUUCAGGCUUCUGGUGAGGCUGUUUAUGUGGAUGAUAUACCAUCUCCCACAAACUGCCUCUACGGAGCAUUCAUCUAUAGCACAAAGCCAUUCGCACGGAUAAUAGGUAUUCAUUUCAAAGAAAAUUUGGUACCUCAUGGAGUUGUUGCAGUUAUUUCUUGCAAGGAUGUUCCUAAAGGUGGGGAAAAUGUGGGUAUGAAGACUGGAUUAGGUUCAGUUCGCUUAUUCGCAGAGGAUUUCACCAUUAAUGUAGGCGAAUGCAUCGCCCUUGUGGUUGCAGAUACGCAGAGACAUGCGGAUGCUGCAGCAAAUCUUGCAGUCGUUGAAUACGAAACAGAGGGUUUGGAACCACCAAUCUUAUCUAUAGAAGACGCGGUCAAGAAAUCUAGUAUGUUCGACAUUAUCCCUAUCUUUUACCCACAACAAGUUGGUGACACAUCAAAAGGAAUGGCUGCAGCUGAUCAUCGAAUUCUCAGCUCGGAAAUACGUCUUGGCUCGCAAUACUUCUUUUACAUGGAGACGCAAACAGCUCUUGCAGUGCCAGAUGAAGACAACUCAAUUGUAGUAUAUAGUUCAAGUCAGACCCCUCAGUACGUACACACCUCUAUCGCUACUUGCCUAGGCAUCCCUGAAAACAACGUCCGUGUCAUAACCAGACGUGUCGGUGGAGGUUUUGGAGGAAAAGCUGUCAUGUCAAUGCCAGUUGCAACAGCUUGCGCGGUUGCUGCUACUAAACUGCAGCGUCCUGUGAGGACUUAUGUAAACCGCAAGACCGAUAUGAUAAUGACUGGUGGGAGGCAUCCAAUGAAGAUAACGUUCAGUGUGGGAUUCAAAUCCACAGGGAAGAUCACAGCCUUGGAGCUAGAAAUACUAAUUGAUGCAGGGGCUACUCUUGGUUUUAGUACGUUAAUUUCAGCAAAUAUCAUAGGGGCGCUAAAGAAGUACAACUGGGGCGCUUUAUCUUUUGAUAUUAAACUUUGUAAAACAAAUCUUCUAAGCAGAGCAAUCAUGAGAGCCCCUGGGGACGUGCAGGGUACAUAUAUCGCUGAAGCCAUCAUCGAAAAUGUAGCGUCUAGCCUCUCCUUGGAGGUUGAUACAAUAAGAAAGAUUAAUUUCCAUACAUAUGAGAGCUUAGCCCUGUUCUACAAGGAUAGUGCUGGUGAACCACAUGAGUACACUUUGUCUUCGAUGUGGGAUAAGGUUGGCGUAUCCUCAAACUAUGAUGAGCGGGUUUCAGUUGUCAGAGAGUUCAACGACUCUAACAUGUGGAGAAAACGAGGGAUAUGCCGAUUACCCAUCAUUUAUCAGGUUUCCAUGUUUGCAACUCCAGGGAGAGUAAGUGUUUUAAGCGAUGGAACAGUUGUUGUUGAGGUUGGUGGAAUCGAGCUAGGACAAGGAAUAUGGACAAAGGUGAAGCAGAUGACUAGUUAUGUUCUCGGUAUGCUACAAUGCGAUGGAACCGAAGAUCUCUUGGAGAAGACAAGGGUUGUACAAUCAGAUACAUUGAGCAUGGUCCAAGGGAAUUUCACAGGAAGUAGCACAACAUCGGAGGGUAGCUGCGCAGCUGNCUAUAUCUUUAUUACUUUUGAUGUGAAACAGAUACGUCUUGGCUCAUUGAAGGAUCUUUUGUGCAAGGACUUGGGUUUUUCAUGCUUGAAGACUUCUCGUUAUAUCCAUACGCAGGCUUAUGCUCAGUCCGUGAACUUAUCAGCUAGUGACUUGUAUACUCCAGAAGAAUUUCCCAUGCGGUACCUUAACUAUGGUGUUGCUGUCAGCGAGGUUGAAGUAGACCUUGUGACGGGACAAACUACGGUUCUACAGACAGAUAUCUUAUAUGACUGUGGAAAAAGCCUCAAUCCCGCUGUCGAUUUAGGACAGAUUGAAGGAUCUUUUGUGCAAGGACUUGGGUUUUUCAUGCUUGAAGAGUACAUAACAGAUUCAGAAGGACUGGUUUUGACAGACAGCACAUGGACAUACAAGAUUCCGACCGUUGACACCAUUCCUAGAAGGUUCAACGUCGAACUACUAAACAGUGGAUGCCAUGAAAAACGCGUACUCUCUUCUAAAGCCUCGGGAGAGCCUCCGUUGCUACUGGCAGCUUCGGUGCACUGUGCCACCAGACAAGCCGUUAAAGAAGCACGCAAACAGCUAUGCAUGUGGAAAGGUAAGGAUGGUUCCUCCAGUUCAACGUUUCAGUUGCCUGUUCCGGCUACAAUGCCGGUUGUGAAGGAGCUCUGCGGUCUAGAUAUCAUUGAAAGUUAUUUGGAGUGGAAAUUAUGCGCAAACUCAAAAUUGUGAGCAAUAACUAAUUUAUCUCUCUACUUGUUUCCAACUAUAGCAUAGAGAUUGACUUCUAUCACUGUGUAGGAAUAUUUUCAUUGUGCUCUGUUUCCUUCUAUCAAAAUACUCAAAAGCCAAUUCAAAAUUAUAAAUUAUAAAUGAUGUAGCAA